CCGCCAUAAGCUGGGCAGCCAAUGGGCAGGGGGCCCAGCCCCUCCGUCCCCUACACACACCCAACCCUCACCCACUACAACGCCCUGGGAAGAGGAGGCGCAGAGGAACCGAGGCCCAAAGAGGGAAGAGGGUCCUGGAGUAGAAGCAGCAACGGGACCGGCUAGAGCUGGUCCAGGCGACUGAGAUCCAGGGGCCUGGUGGUGCCAUUCAGGGAGUCGGGAGAGACGCCGGCAGGAGGGGCCGGGAUGGCGGCUGACCCGGAGUUCCAGGAGAUCCAGCGGAGGGUCAACCAGGUCACCGACGAGUCCCUGGAGAGCACCCGGAGGAUGCUGCAGUUGGUAGAGGAGAGCAAGGAUGCCGGGAUCCGGACGCUGGUUAUGUUGGACGAACAGGGAGAGCAGCUGGACCGAAUCGACGAGGGACUGGACCAGAUCACCCAGGACAUGAAGGAGGCUGAGAAGAACCUGACGGACCUGGCCAAGUGCUGUGGGCUCUGUGCUUGCCCCUGUCUGCAGCUGAAGGUGAGCAAGGCGUACCAGGCCGUAUGGGGGCCGGGGCCAGGCGGGGUUGUAGCCGGGCAGCCCUCCUCCCGCGUGGCAGACGAGCGAGAGCAGAUGGUCAUGAGUGGCGGCUACAUCCAUCGGGUGACGCAGGACGCGCGGGAGGACGAGAUGGAGGAGAAUCUGGUGCAGGUGGGCAGCAUCCUGGGGAACCUGAGGAGCAUGGCCCUGGACGUCAGCAACGAGAUCGACAUCCAGAACACGCAGAUGGACAAGAUCAACGAGAAGGUGAUCCUCAACGAGGAACGGAUCCGAGAGGCUAACACGCGAGCCAAAAAGAUCCUCAAGAACGCGUGAGACCCCCUCUGGAUCCGCGCCUGGGCUCCUCUCCCGCCUGCCAGGGGCGAGAGGGGACCCGAGUUGGGACGGUGUCCUUCCGGGGAACGGAGAGAGGAAGCUAUCCAGCGAUGGGACCGGGAGGGGGGAGGACGAAGCCCCUGGUCCCCCACUCUACCCCCGGUGAGGGGGCAGCUUCCUGUUGCCCGCCUGACGGAGGUUUCCCCUCUGCCUCUCCCACUUGCUCCCUGGCAGUUUGUGUCUGGGGCAGAACAAUAAAGCUGUGUUUGU